GUCCUUUAUCCAUAUUUCGAAUGCAAUACACACAAUCCAUUACACAUAAUUAGUAAUUAGUAAUAAUAUAAUUAUCUCUUUGUAUGUAUAUCAAGAGCAACUAUAAAAUCAGUGUUUUGCAGUUAUUCGCAGGUGCUUCGACGAUCCGUAAAUUUAUCGACAUAUGUGGACCUUUGUCUCACACAAUGACCGCGUUCAGCAGAACAAACCGCUCAGUAGCAAUCAAACGUGAUUGACUCUUACUUCUAGACCCAAGAAAUCAACGUAGCGUGUUAAUAAGACGACUGAACGCGGCCAAUGUUAAAAACAUUUGUCUGCAAGUUCUCUUCUCUCUCUUUGUAAAGAAGUUUAAUAUAAAAACCGUUUUAUGCGUAUAAAUAUUAGAGUAAUUAUUUGAAAAAAAAUGGGUGGUUCAUCUAGUGAAUUGGAAAAACCUGUUAACAUCAGUGAACAAACAGAAUUACCUAAUGGAUCUAUGGUCACAGAUGUGACAGUACCGCCUGCAUUCGUUACGGAGGAUCAUUUUAUUGCAAACUGGUUUUUAUGGAAGGACAAAUUUCUUGCUUAUUUAAAGAAGAUUGACAAAGCCGAAGACAAGAAACAAUUGUGGGGUAUUAUGCUUUUAAAUCGUAUGGGUCCUGUUGGCCAAGAGAUCCAUAGAACAUUUCCUUUCUACGACAAGAAUGCGCAGGAAGAUAUAAAUGUGUUAAUUAAGAAAUUUGAUAUCUAUUGCAUGUAUAGAAAUGAAAAAAGAGGCUGCAAAGACAUCAACAGAUACACAAGUGAUUUGAUAUUUAUCGCUGUUACAUGGAAUCAUGUUGAUCCCACAGGGAUUGUAAAGGAGAAAAUUAUACAAGAUAUAAGUACUCAACGUUUCACGGGAAACGCUGCGCUUCUCAUAGAAAGUAAAGGAGAAAAAUUGAUAUCAUACUUACAAUCGUUGAGUCUCAACGAAAUUAUUCUGUACUGGAAACUGUGUGAAGAUUUAAUAGCAUAAAAGCAAUCGAGGAAACUUGGAAGAACAAUGUGCGAGCAAGUUGAACGAUGGUCAAUGUAUAUACCUACAAUACAUGAAUCUUUCGUAUAAAAUAUUUUAUCUUAACAUAAACUAAUAUUAAUUGUUA